UCGGUUCUCCUCUUUCCCCAAUAGGAGGCGGCGCAUUUCUGUGACACGCACGCGCGCGCUGGGGCGCGCUUCCCCUCCGACGUUUCCCCCUUCCCUAAAGGGGAGGAGCCAAACGGUCCCUCCCCCCUUCCCCUCAUCUCUCUCCUCUCUCCUCCCUCCUCCCUCUCCUCCGCCUUUCUCGCGUCCUGUCCUCCCCCAAGCGCGAGAGGCUUCCGCGGCAGCGGCGGCUGUUGUUAUUGUCGUGCCCGCGCCCGCUCCCGCUCCCGCUCGGGUCGCAGCACUCGCUCCCCAGCCCCCGGUCUCUAGGCGGGCGAUGGUGCCGCGGUGCCGGCGGAUCUGGGCGGCGGAGCGGAGGGCAUGAAGGAGGAUGGAAGCGGAGGACGAGGUGUCCCUCCGGGAGCAGCAUUUCCACAGCCAAGUGCGGGAGUCCACGAUAUGCUUUCUUCUGUUUGCUGUUCUCUACAUUGUUUCAUACUUCAUCAUCACAAGAUACAAGAGGAAAUCAGAUGAACAGGAAGAUGAAGAUGCCAUAGUCAACAGAAUUUCGCUGUUUUUGAGCACCUUCACGCUAGCAGUUUCAGCUGGUGCUGUUUUGCUUCUUCCUUUCUCAAUAAUCAGCAAUGAAAUCCUCCUUUCUUUUCCACAAAACUACUAUAUUCAGUGGUUAAAUGGCUCCUUGAUUCAUGGUUUGUGGAAUCUUGCCUCUCUCUUUUCCAAUCUUUGUUUAUUUGUGUUGAUGCCUUUUGCCUUUUUCUUUCUGGAAUCAGAGGGUUUUGCUGGGCUGAAGAAGGGAAUCAGAGCACGGAUUUUGGAAACUGUUGUUAUGCUGAUUCUUCUUGCAUUGCUUAUUCUUGGAAUAGUAUGGGUAGCGUCUGCUCUCAUUGACAAUGAUGCUGCCAGUAUGGAAUCUCUGUAUGAUCUCUGGGAAUUCUACCUACCUUAUUUAUAUUCCUGUAUAUCAUUAAUGGGAUGUUUAUUACUUCUUUUAUGCACACCAGUUGGGCUUUCACGAAUGUUUACAGUCAUGGGUCAAUUGUUGGUGAAACCAACAAUUCUUGAAGACCUGGAUGAACAAAUUUAUAUCAUUACACUUGAAGAAGAAGCACUUCAGAGGAAACUAAAUGGGUUAUCUUCUUCAGUGGAGUAUAAUGUAAUGGAACUGGAAAAAGAACUUGACAAUGUGAAGGCAAUGAAGUCAAAAUUAGAGAGACGAAAAAAGGCUUCAGCCUGGGAACGAAAUUUGGUGUAUCCUGCUGUCAUGGUUCUUCUUCUUAUUGAAACAUCUAUUUCAGUCCUACUUGUUGCCUGCAACAUUCUUUGCCUCUUGGUUGAUGAAACUGCAAUGCCAAAGGGAUCGAGGGGGCCUGGCAUAGGAAAUGCUUCCCUUUCUACUUUUGGUUUUGUGGGAGCAGCACUUGAAAUAAUUUUGAUUUUUUACCUUAUGGUUUCCUCGGUCGUUGGCUUCUACAGCCUCCGCUUUUUUGGGAGCUUUACUCCCAGGAAGGAUGACACAACUAUGACAAAGAUAAUUGGAAAUUGUGUUUCACUUUUGGUCUUGAGUUCUGCACUACCUGUGAUGUCAAGAACCUUGGGAAUUACUAGAUUUGAUCUUCUUGGAGAUUUUGGAAGAUUUAACUGGCUGGGGAAUUUCUACAUUGUAUUAUCCUACAAUUUGCUGUUUGCUAUUGUGACAACUUUGUGUCUAGUCAGAAAGUUCACCUCUGCUGUAAGGGAAGAACUUUUCAAGGCCUUAGGUCUUCACAAACUUCAACUCUCAAACAAUGCAAGAGACUCGGAAACAAGCAAACCUGCUGCAAAUGGGCAUCAGAAAUCACUGUGAGAGACAAUUGAUAAUCUUUUACAGUUAGAAGAACUGAAAACUCUGACCUCAUGACAUUCCUGUCACUAUCAUCAAAAUAUUUUUUGUACUAAUUUUUGGUUCAUAUUUUGAGCUCCAGCUUGUAAAUGCCAUUUUUCCACACUGUACUCAUGAGAACUUGGUUACUUCAGAUUCACCUUUUUCUAGUCUGACUUUUUGAUCUACUCUGUACUUACGUGUUAUACAGAUUCCUUGAAGACUGGAACCUCAGAAGAACUUGGAAUUCCUUUUCUGCGAGUAUGUUACAUCAGUGGAUGUAACAUCCUUAUUACCAUAUUUGGGAAUAUCCUGUCUUUGCCUAAUAUGAAAAUGUACUUUAUAACAGGUUUUGAGAUACUUAAAAGAUUCAUUGAAUGUCCAUCACAAACUGGACCAAAAGUUAUAUAAACAUUAAUAGAAGGUUUAAUUAAUUGAAAGUAAAAGUGAAGAUCUUACCUAAAAUGCAGUUUUAAAUGCUCGUGAAUGUCAGUUAUUGUAAUGUAAGCUACAUUAGAACUAGUGAUGAGCAUUCCAGAAUAAUAUUUGGAAAUGUCUUCUUAAAGUUUUCUCUAGGUUUAAUUUUCAAUAAUAGAAACUUAACGUUUCUGGUAAUUAGUAGAGACUGUGUGGAUCAGCCAAUGAGCCCAAGGGACAAACUUUCUUCUUAAACCUGAGCCUCCUGUGUUUGUUAGAGAGUCACAGAAAUGUCUUAUAUUUUGCAUUAGAAUAAGCUAUAGUAAGUAGUAGUAUGUAGUCACAUUCACUCAAUAAAAUUGUGUCUGUUCUAGUCAAUAUUACCUCCUAUAAUAGUGGCCAGUGUGGGAAUUCCACUGUAAUGAUGAUUUUACCUCAUAGGCCCCAAGUACUUGUGGGUAUCUUGGUCCUUAGGUAAGGUGAAAUCUUUUCCCUGUUCUUAUAUGGCCUAAAAACUGAUAUAACAGAAAUACUUGGUGUAAUAAGCCUCUUAUCACUGAGGUUUUUAUCCUUAUGUUAGUAUUUCAUAUAUUAAUAACUCAAAUGUCAGGAUUAUACAGAUUUAAAUCUGGCAUCUACAAUCAGUGCAUAAACAGACUUGAUGUAAGAAAAGUUUUGCAGUGCAGUGUGAUCUAAGUAAUAAUUUUUUAAAUUAUCUAUUUCUAUCAGAUGAUUUUGCUGACUGUAUUGCCACUUGUUGAAAAAUAGAAAAUCUUACUCAACAUUAUCAUAUAUGGGUAAAAUGACCAGAAUUCUGCAUGAAAAAUGUAUAAUAUGGACACAUUUGCACACAAUUCAUAUAUAUGCAAUUUAUAUAUACACACCUGCACUAUGUGUAUGGGAAUAGAUUGUCUGUGUUCAGACAAGGUUACUAAAAUGAUUGUUUUUCACAUUGCUGAACUUAAGGAAGUGUGUGAGUGGUGUGUGUGUGUGUGUGUGUGUGUGUGUGUGUGUGUAUGUGUACGUAUAUUUCCAUAAAACUGGAAUGUGUAUAUUUGGCAUUUAAAAAUUUUAUUUAGACCCAAUGAUAAGAAAAUGACAUUAACUUUUUAAGACUCCAGUUCCAUGCAGCCUGCUACUGCUCUGUUUUCCCUUCCCUUCAGAGAGAUCCAAAGCCUGUCAAAAACACAAUAUAGGUUUGUUUAAAAAAAAAAAAAAAAAAAAAAAAAAAAGAACCCCCAUUGUUUCUAAACACUGAAUCUAGGACUAGUGAAAUUUCCUGAAGCAAUUUCAUUAAGCUUUUACAAAACAUAGUUAGGAUUAGAAGUGGGGUUUUUUGAGAAAUAGAAAUAGUACCACGAAUAUUAAGUACAUAGAUUAUUAAUAAAGAUCAGCUGUCUUGCUACUGCUUUCUUAUUUCACUAUUAAUAAUAAUUUAAACAUCAAUUAUGUGCAAUGCAUUAUAUAGGAGAUUGGAUUACAGUCCCUGCCUAAAGGAUUUAUAAACUGGAUUUAAUAGAUAAAAUCAGAUUAAGACUAUAAGAGGGAAAUAUACUCAAAAGCUUAGAUGAUUAUGUUGUAUGGUCAUUAAAAGUGUCUAUAUAGCAUUUUAGCUUUGCAUUGUACACCCAAGGGAAGAGUUCUAUCAAAAAAAGUGGUGAGUAAAAUUAUCUUUUCAGAAAUUGUCUCUUUUUAUUAAGUUUUUGGAAUGUCUAGAGAUUUUUAAUUUCCAAAAUUGAUAUGAGGAAGAAGCAAGUAAUAUAAAGCAUGCAGAGAUAAAUUUUUCUUGUUUUAAACUUUUUUUAAUGCUUCUCAGAAGUGAUGAUAGUGAUUGUGAUGAGCACAAAUCAUUAAAUGAUUCACAGCUUACUACAUAAUCACAAGAGAUUUAGAUUCUAAAAACAGACACUAUAUUUUAGAAAAUUUGUUUUUCAAAUUGCUUCUGAGACAUUUGCUUUUAAAGCUCAUCUAUUUGAGCCCUUCCCUCCAUGCCACACACUUUUUUUUUUUGCACUGAUCUAUGACAGGAGGGAUAACAAAGCAUUAUGACUGAGUGUUUCCAUUGUAGUCUUCCUUUUUUCUCAGUUGUUAAGUGGAAGAGGAGAGGUAUUACUACAGAAAAGAAGCCCAGAGUUUAUAAUUACAUGUGUUUUUCAUUUCCUUUUGAUAGGCAUUGAUAGGAGGCUAUAUUAAAUCUAGUGGUUGUUUUAUCAUGCCUUCCUGUGCCCCCAUAUCUGUUAAAUGGAAUGUUAAUCAUUCUAGUCACAAAGGUUUCUUGGAUUAGCGCACUUAAGUGGGAGAAAGACACUUUAACCUGAGAGGAGGCAGUGUAAUAUGAUAGAUCAUUAUUAAUUGGUUCUUUGCUAUUUUUAAUAAAUUGCUGAAGACAUUUGAACCAAUUUCUACUGUUCUGUCAUGAUAUUACCCAAAUUUGACAUCCAUUUAAGCAGCUUAAUGUACAUUCUGUAUACAAAUAACCUUUUCUCCAUACAAAAUUCCCUUUAGAGCUAAGUGUGAAAGCAAUGCAAUUCAUAUAUAUUUCAUUAAAAUAUCCUUGAAACUGUCAUAAAUUACUGCUAUGUAUAGGUAAUAUGUUCUUAGUUCUUUUCUCUCUUGAGUUACAUUAAAGGUGCUUAUGCAGCUGAUCUUGGUGGCAUCACAUCUGCCUCAUUUAUUGUGAUACGUAGUUAGCCUUUUUUUUUUUUUUUUUUUCUGUUGCUCAUGUCAGUAUACCGUAAAUAUGACCAAAAUAGUAUGUGGUUUUUUGUUGUUGUUAGCACAGUAUUUUAUGCACAAUGUCAGGACUCUUGUAAUGUGAUCUUUUUUGUUUUGUUUCGUUUGAAAAAUGUAAGUACAUCUACAGUAUUGACUUUUUAAACUUUUAAACUAAAAUCACACUGUUGUGAUGUUACUUUACAAAUUUUUGAACUCCCUGGUAAAUGUUUCUUGUUUAUAGAUUGUACUGUGAUGUUUUAUCUUUUGGUCAUGUUUGUUCCUCUGAGAUACUUUUGAAUGUGACUGAUUUACUAUGUCUUAGAAAUUAAAGUUUUACAAAAAGUCA